UCAAUAAGUCCAUCACUACCUCUGAUUUUUGCCUCUUCCUUGACAACAACUAGUCUCUGACACUUUCUCUCUUUUCCAAGCAUUCCUGGUCGUUUCCACACCUUGACUCUUGAGAUCGAAUUACUUAAAAGGGUUUCCUUUUCUCGGUAUUUCGUCAUCUGGGUCUGGUCCUAAAACACCAGAGAGAGAGAGAGUUAGAUUCAAGUGAGGCAAGGUCAACGUUUACAUUCGGUUACGUUUCCACAACUUGUUCGUUAUUUUCUUGUUUUUCUUUGAGAUUCUGAACCCAUGGAGAGUUAUAAGAAAUGGGUUAGAAGGAAUAAAGAUUAUGUUCACUCAUUGGAGUCUCUUGCCAAUGGAUUGACGUGGCUUCUUCCCGAACGGUUUUCCGCUUCAGAGAUAGGACCAGAAGCAGUAACUGCAAUCUUGGGCAUUAUCACUGCUAUCAACGAGCAUAUCAUCGAUACUACUCCAACCCAGAUGCAUGUUGGUCCUAUGGAGCCUAAUUCUUUCCCGUAUUCGUUGUGCAUAUCUGCUAUAAAGGAUUUGGAAACAUUGGUUGAAGUUGCUGCUCAACAUUAUUUUGGUGACAAUAAGAAAUGGAAUUUCAUUGCUGUUACAGAAGCUACCAAGGUGCUAGUUAGGCUCAUUUUGUUCCGGAAUAGUGGAUAUAAGAUGCUUCUUCAUGGAGGAGAGACACCAAAUAUUGAAAAGCAUUCAGAUUUCUCAAGCUCGCAGCAUAAUGUUGGGGGUUUCCCAAAACCUGGAUCUCGCCAUGGUCCUAAUGGACUUAACCCGUGGAAUCUAGAAGGAAGGGCAUUGUCUGCACUGAGCAGGUUUGGAGAAAAUGCCAGGAUGAGUUCUGACCCUGUAUGGCUGCGCAGGGGCGAACAUCUGCAAGCUAUUAUGGAGCCUCCAUCUUCAGCGAUUGAGAGGCCGACACUUUCCAUGAUUUUAUCUGAGAAAGGUGUUCAGGGGGCAUUAUUUCUCAUGGGAGAGGUCCUUUUUAUUAUAAGACCCCUUAUUUAUGUGCUGUUCAUCAGAAAGUAUGGAAUUCGGUCAUGGAUUCCUUGGUUUGUUUCUCUGGCUGUAGACGCUGGUGGCGUAGGCUUUUUAACACAGGUUACUAAAUCAAGGGAUGGUGGAAAAGAGCAACACUAUCACCUUACUGCUUCUGAACAGGAUGAGUUGAAAAGAAGAAAAUUGUUAUGGGCGCUUUACCUUAUGAGAGAUCCUUUCUUUACCAAGUACACCAGGCAAAGACUUCAAAGCACUGAAAAGCUACUGGAACCUGUUCCUAUUAUCGGGCUUCUAACAGCCAAAAUUGUUGAGCUUGUUGUUGGUGCUCAGACUCGGUACACAUACAUGUCUGGAUCGUAAUGGACAGCACUAGAAGUUGAAUUUCCGAAGUCUCUUUGAUUUUAGCUAUGAUUUUGGGAGGUCUGUGAUAUGCUUUAGCACGGCCAUGCACUGCAGUACUUCAGUUUCGAGUAUUCAUGCUUCCAGAUGCUUUGUAAGAAAAAUCUCGCUUUUCGUUGUUUAUUUAACCAAAAUGAACAGAAUCCUUUUCCAAGUAAUGUUGGUUUUUCCAUAACUGGAAGAAAACUCCUGCUGCUGCAAUCCUAAAAAAGGGUCAUCGCGUGAAAUCUAUGUCUUAUCUACUGUCCUGUAAUGGAAGUUCAAAUUUUCCGGCCCCUCUGCCAUCCAAGCCAUGUUUGUAGUUCUCUUAUUUCUCAAAAUUAUCCUGUUACGAUACGCUUGUGCCAUGCAGUUCUUAAUUUACUGACGAAUUGAUAUUCAUCUACCUCUGUAACAACAUUCUGAAUCUGUUUGAAAAGUAAAAUGUGACAAUAUUUUUGUUGUGUUC